AUGGACAAAUCAAUUGAGUCCGAGGUGAUUCCAUCCACGGUUGAAAGGAAUAAAGAAGAAACAAGGAGGGUAAAACCACGCAAGUGGUGGCAGCUCGGCGGCAAGGAUAUCAGCCAUGUCUCUGUCGACGUGGACGUCGAGCUGGACUCAGAGACGUCGUCUCUAGAGCCGACUGACCCCUCGCUCGUCAAGAACGUGAACAACGUCUACGAGGCUCCCGAGGCAACGGAAAUUUACAAACCCAUUGAAGGAUUUGAAGGCACACAUCGUUUCGAUCCCUCGGCUGAAUGGACUCAGGCAGAGGAAAAAGCUUUGGUCCGGAAACUCGACUGGCGAAUUGCGCUUCCUGCUUGCAUCAUGUUCUUCGCACUUCAACUCGAUCGAGGCAAUAUCACGCAGGCGUUAUCUGACAACAUGCUAAAGGAUCUCGGUAUGAACACCAACAAUUACAAUAACGGCAUGACGAUAUUCUACUGCUCCUUCUUGUUUGCAGAGCUCCCGUCUCAGCUUGUCAGCAAGAAGCUUGGCCCAGAUACCUGGAUCCCCAUUCAGAUGGUGGCUUGGAGUGCAGUUGCAGCGUCACAGGCUGCGCUGUCUGGGAAAACAAGCUUCUACAUCUGCCGUUUCCUCCUCGGCCUUAUCGAGGGAGGUUUCAUUCCCGAUACCAUCCUGUACCUCAGUUACUUUUUCACAAACGCCGAACUUCCGAAACGUUUGAGCUGGUUUUGGACCUCUUACCAAUCUACCCAAAUCGUUGGAGCUUUCCUUGCCUAUGGUAUCCUCCAUCUCCGGGGACACGGCGGGAUCUCCGGGUGGAGAUAUCUAUUUGCCAUAGAAGGCGCCCUCACUGGCUUGAUUGGUAUUCUAACCUGGCUAUACCUGCCGGCCUCACCGACUCAGACCGCUCGUAACGCUGCUGCCCGUAGCGGCAGGAAGAAGAUUUGGACAAAAGGGCUUCUACGACCAAAGAAAGGCUGGUUCACGGAGCGAGAAGAAACCAUCAUGGUCACACGUAUCCUGCGGGAUGACCCCGGCAAAGCGACCAUGCAUAACCGCCAAGGUCUCAGCUUCGACCUCUUCUGGGCAGCCCUCACCGACUAUGAUAUGUGGCCGAUCUACCUCAUCGGUCUAUCGUGGACCAUACCGAGCACACCUCCCCAGGCAUACAUCACUUUGACCUGCAAGACUUUGGGAUUCGACACCUUCGAGACCAACCUGCUGACGAUCCCCGCCUACACCCUCUUCAUCAUCCAGCUGCUGUUCUGGACAUGGGUGUCGGAAAAGCUGAACCAGCGACUCCUGCUCGGGGUGAUUUCGCAGAUCUGGUCUCUCCCGCUCCUCAUUGCCCUGGUCACGCUACCACCGCACUUCCACGGCUCCAACUGGUCCAAGUGGACGCUCUCAACCCUCUUGGUGGGCUAUCCCUACGUGCACGCGAUCCUCGUGGCGCUGACGUCGCGCAACGCCGGGUCCGUGCGUACCCGCACCGUCGGCUCCUCGCUGUACAACAUGGCCGUGCAGACGUCCAACAUCUUCUCGUCGCAGAUCUACCGCCAGGCCGACGCGCCGUACUACUACACGGGCAACAAGGCCCUGCUGGGCGUCUUGGCCUGGAACAUCGUGGUCUUCAUCGGCGCAAAGAUCUACUACGUCCGCAAAAACGCCGAGAGGGACGCCCUCUGGAACGCCAUGACCCGCGAAGAGAGGCUCGAAUACCUCCGCACCACCGACGAUAAGGGGAACAAGAGGCUGGAUUUCAGAUUCGCUCAUUGA